AUAUUCCUAAUGAUUCUGAAUUAAAUAAGGAAAGCUGUGUUAGACGAUUAUCAUUCAGCUCCAUUGUUGACACUAGCGAUAAAGAAAACGAUAAGGACUCUGAGUAUUUACCUUCAGAUGACGAUGAAAGUUUGUCAGAAAAUGAACUAUCUCCUGAAAAAUUAUCACCUGAAACGCGCAACAUAAAUUUAACUACCAGUCGAUCAUCUCCUCCAAGUUUUGAAGUGUCGCAAUCACAAACUGCAUGUAAUGAUGAAGAUAUGUAUGUUGAUAAGUCGAAUACUAAAUCUAAACAACACUGCUGCAUUUUUUGUUUGAAGUUGCAAUCACAAUUAGCAAGGCAUUUAGAAACGGUACAUCGCGAUGAACCAGAAAUCGCAGAAAUUAAUAAAGGAAAACUUAUUGUAUCCAGACGUCCUCAUAAAGAUACGAAGAAUACAGCUAUACAUUUUACUGCGUGUAAAAAAUGCAAUGGAUAUUAUGCAAAAAGUACAAUACGUCAUCAUGUUCGAAAAUGUUUCAAACGAAAUUUUAAACAUAAUAGAGGAGUCAUGGUUAUGGGCAAAAAAGUUACCUGUAGAAUACACGAAGCAGCAAGUGAACAGUUAAGGAACAUAAUUUUCCCUAUAUUACAAGAAGAUAAAGUAGUACGAGCAAUAAGAUUUGAUAAAUUAGUAAUCUUAUAUGGAAAUCAAUUGUGUUUGAAGUACACGCAUCAACACCAGCACGAUAUGAUACGUGCUAAAUUACGACUUACUGGCCGUUUUAAAUUAGCAUUUAGAGAAAUUAAUAAUAAAAUAAAAAACUUUGAGUCGCUCUAUCAUCCGAGGAACUAUGAUGAUUGCAUUUCGGCCAUAAAAGUUGUUGCCGGGUAUAAUAAUAUCGAUAAUACGUAUAAAGCUCCAGCAACAGCAACUAGUUUGUCAACUCUUAUAAAGAAGAUAGCACAGGUUGAAAUCAUGGAAUGUAUAAAACAACAGGAUGCAGAAAAGCAAAGAUUAGUUGAGGAUUUUCUAAAGCUAUUAACUGUUGAUAUAGGAACAAGUGUAAAUACAACUGUUGCAGAAACGCAAUCAACUCGUAAAAGACAUAAGGUACAACUUCCAUCAAUGGAAGAUAUUAAGACUUUAUAUACACAUUUGAAGGAAAAAAGAAUCGAAGCUUGUACUGCAUUAAAACAGUUUUUCUCGUUUGAUAAUUGGCUUUCUUUAACGGAAGCAACAUUAACUUCAGUACAUGUAUUUAACAGACGGCGAGCAGGUGAAAUUGAGAGAACACUUAUUGAAGAUUUUAAAACUUAUGAAAGGAUAAAUAAAAAUAUGUACAGUGAUAUGUACACAUCGUUAUCAGCGCAAAAUAAAAAAAUAGCAGAAAGAUAUGUUCGUUUUUCUAUUAGAGGAAAAUUAGGACGUACAGUGCCUGUUUUAUUGCCAAACGACCUUUUGGAGUGUAUUAAUUUAAUAUUACAAUUCCGAGAAGAAGCUAAAGUCCCAAAACAAAAUCCGUAUGUGUUUGGACUGCCUAGUAAUGAUAAACGCAGGUAUAAGUAUCUUCGAGCUUGUACCUUAAUGCGAAAAUUCGCAGUAGAGUGUAAUGCGGUUUAUGCCAAUACUUUGCGUGGUACAAUAUUAAGGAAACACGUGGCUACACAUUGUAUGCAAUUGAAUCUAAAUGACGUUGAUGUGUCUGAUCUCGCUAAUUUCAUGGGCCACGCCGAGAAGAUACAUAAAGAUAUUUAUAGGCAACCACUGCCUUCCAUAGAGAUACUUAAAAUUUCUCAGUAUUUAGAAGCAGUUCAAGGAUAUAAUAAAAAUGAUAACGACUCAUCAUCAAGCAAUGAAUUUGAAGAAGACAUAGAAAUGGGAAGUUUUAAUAAUACCGAUAAUACAGAUAAUAGCGAUAAAAUAGAGGCGGAAGAUUUACCACCUCCUUAUGGAAAAACAAAAAGAAUACGGUGGAGUGUACAAGAAAAAAAUGCAGCAUUGAAAGCAUUCGGAAAAUACAUAAAUAAUUGUACUUUGCCAUCUUUCAAGGUUAUUCAAGAAACCAGAAAAAAGUAUCAUGUCUUACGUAAUCGUACAACACCACAAAUAAAAACAUGGAUCUCCAAUCAACACAAAGGACAUAAAAAUCAUGAAGACUAA